GGCGCGCAUGUAGUUGCAGGCGCACAGCGACAACGACAGCUUGCCCCGCUAUCUCCAGACUAUUUUCUUCUUUCAAUUUCCAUGCCUAUAUGUGAGCGCUUUUCCCAGCAUUGUUAUAGGAAGACUGAUAUCAUGGGAGUCCAAGGAUUAAUGUCUUAUAUUGGGGGAAACGACCAAGCAUUGCUCAAAGACUGCAAUUUUAAGGGUAGUAAAUUAAUCAUUGAUGGAGACAAUCUGUGCUAUAGUCUUUAUAGGGGCCAAGAUUUUGAUAUUAAGCAUGGCGGGGAUUACUAUGCAUUUGAGAUUCAGAUCGAGAAGUUUUUUCAGGCUUUAAGAAGCUGCAACAUUGAGCCUUAUGUAGUACUCGAUGGGGGUAGCGACCACACAGACAAAAAACUGGAAACCUUGAAGCAACGGGGUGAAGCUAGGAUAAAAAUUGGCAGGGACAUAUCUUUGGGCCACAAACAGAGUGGUGGCUUUCACCCAAUACUCCUGAGGAGUGUUUUCUUUGAGAUCCUCAGUCGUCUGCAGGUGCCUUUAGUGCAAUGCAUGGAAGAGGCCGACUGGGAAACCGCUGCUCUGGCCAAUGAGUGGAACUGCCCCGUUCUAUCUGGUGACAGCGACUUCUUCAUCUUUCCUCUGACAGCUGGGUUUUUACCAUUCUCACACUUUCAGUGGCAGAAAGGUGCCAGACAGAAAUCCAUCCCAGCCAAAAAAUUCCUCAUCUCAAACUUCUGUAAACAUUUCAACAACAUGAAGGUAGAGCUCGUGCCUGUUCUCGCCGCCAUAGCAGGAAACGACUACAUUAAGCCAGAGAUGAUGAGAGUGUCAUUCAAGUGGGAGGCGUUCUCUCGCCCCAAUGUAGUCCGUGCUCACCUAGACGGUAUCCUCAGGUGGUUGUCUAGGUUCCAAAGUCCACAGGAUGCCACCAAAGCUCUGCUUAAGUCUCUUCAAGAUCAGGAGGCCACAGGCACAGUUGAGGCGGCUCUUGAUCAGUGCCUGAGAGAAUACCAGCUGUCAAAGAGCAACAUUUCCCAGUUCUUCCAGAGCGGUCUUGCACCCAGCAAGCUGCCGCAGGAGCUGGAGAUUCUCCCCACCUGGAUGCGAAUGCCCCUGUCAGAUGGGCGGAUGAAUGCCACGUUCAUUGAUGCGCUGAUUCUGCAGAGAGUUCGAUUAGGCCCUCAGAUUGAGAACUUUGACCUGCCCAGCAGCCACGAGAUCUCCAAGCCUAUUCGGGAGGUGAUGUACAGCCUCCUAUUGGCUGGACAGAAGCAGAGAGCUGACAGGAGGCCCUCAGUGCCCCAUGUGACACCUGGAGAGUGCUAUGUGGAAGAGUACGACAGGGAGGGCUUGACCCUGACAAGUGUCUGGGUGAAGGCUGCUUGUCCUGUAAGCGGAAAGAAUCUACACUUGGAGACCCUGAAUCGGGCACUAAAGGAGACACGACUGCAAGUGCUGCGUGAUGCGCUUGGCAUGACCAAACCCAUUCCGAACUCCAUUGGCGGCAAGUUCCACCUAGCGGUGUACGUGACGUGCUAUUGGCUGAGCAGGGCUGAUCCCCAACCGCGCAUGGAGCACCUGUGGGCUCUACUGCUCGGCUUUGUGUUCGGAGAGCUGUCUGGCAGAGACAAGGGCAAGGAAGGCGUAGAUCUGGUCUGGACACAGCUCAACACCCUGCGGACGUCAUGUAUGGCUGGAGGUCCUGACCUGGAGGCGGCGCACGCGUACAGCCAAUGGCAAAGCUGCCUCUACGCCACUUACAAACUCAACCGCCUGCUGUGCUUGGCCCUGCCUGAACCAGAGAAGGCUCGGCUGUACUGCGGUCCGCUGGUGCACCAGGCUGCUCUGAAGUUGAGGUGGGGCAUGAAUCCCGAGUCGCUCCUCAGCGCCGGUCCAGUUCCACUACAGCUCUUCCGAGACCUGCAGGACGGCGUGUUGGACUGCCUGGAGCCCGAUGUCCGAGACAGGCUGCAGAAAGUGACAAAAGAGCCAGAAGGGCCGGAGGACAAAGUCUGACGGCAUUGUAGAUGACCUGGCUUCGUGAUUUCAACACUAGCUUGAAGUGUAUGAGUGAGUUGGGCUUGAGGAAACUGACUGCAACAAGCCUAAUUGUUGUAAGCCUUUUUUAUUUUGUGGGAGUAAAUAACCCUGUGCAAUUUGAAAGUGCAAAA